AUGCUCAGGCGGGGCGCCAGCGCGAGCGUGCACAUCGCGGAGAGACGCGCGUUAGCGGCCACCCUGAAGGAGCGGCGGGGAGGCACCCUAAGCAGACUAAGCAGCCUGAGCAGCCGAGGCGAGAAGGCCAAGUUUACCCCAAGUGCAGUCAAACUGAAGAUAAUGGAGGGAGCGCCGGGCACCCACGUGACCUUCGAAGGGGUCUCGGAAAACCCCAACAUUGUGGAGGAGGAGCAGAAGGUGCUCGCCUACUGGAAGAGCAUCGACGCGUUUAACACGUCGAAUAAGCUGGCCGAAAAUAGGAAGGCGUAUAUAUUUUACGAUGGGCCCCCCUUUGCCACAGGGCUCCCACAUUAUGGGCACCUACUGGCAGGCAUAAUAAAAGACUGCGUGACGAGGUACCACUACCAGUGUGGGUACUCAGUGGAGAGGAAGUUCGGAUGGGACUGUCACGGACUCCCAAUCGAAUAUGAAAUUGAAAAGGAAAAUAACAUUAAUAAGAAGGAGGACAUCUUAAAAAUGGGCAUCGAUGUUUAUAAUGAAAAAUGUAGGAGAAUCGUUUUGAAGUACUCCAACGAGUGGGUCAAAACGGUGGAGAGAAUCGGCAGGUGGAUCGAUUUUAAGAAUGAUUAUAAGACCAUGGACCCUACCUUUAUGGAGAGUGUUUGGUGGGUGUUCAGCGAGUUAUAUAAGAGGAAUUACGUUUACAAGUCCUUUAAGGUGAUGCCAUAUUCGUGCAAAUGCAACACCCCAAUUUCGAAUUUUGAACUUAACCUCAAUUAUAAGGACACGCCAGAUCCCAGCAUCAUCAUCAGCUUCGUUCUUGCGUCUGACUUUCCAGAAGUGGAGGAGGAGGGCUGCCCGGGGGAGGAGGUGAAGAAGCUCCUGGGGGAGAAGCUAUCCCCGUUGUAUAAUCAGAAGAGGGAGGAUGGCCUCGAGGGAGGCCACAAAUCAACAGAGGGGGUGACUCCCCCUAUGGAGAGCGAAAUCCUCGCGUGGACGACCACCCCCUGGACGCUUCCGUCCAACUUGGCGCUCUGCAUAAAUGAGAGCUUCACCUACCUGCGGAUACACCACGUGAAAAGCAACCGAGUGGUGAUCGUGGGGGAGUGCAGACUGGAGUGGAUCGUGAAGGAGCUCAAGUGGGAUGUGGAAGACCUGAAGCUGCUAAACCGCUUCAAAGGGAAGCACCUAAAGGGGUUGCGCUAUAAGCCGCUGUUCGGCCACUUCUACGAGAAGUACAAUUUUAAAGAGAGGGCGUAUAAAAUUCUGGCGGACGACUUCGUGACGGACGACGCAGGUACCGGCAUAGUGCACUGUGCCCCGACAUAUGGUGAGGACGAUUUUAGGGUGUGCAAAGAUAACGAAGUGAUCGACCCGGAAAAGUGCAUCUUCAUAGACCCGAUAGACGCAAAUGGGUACUUCACUAGCGAAGUCGAAAUGGUGCAGAACCUCUUCAUUAAAGAGGCAGACAAUGUGAUUAAGAAGCAUUUGAAGAAUGAAAAUCGUCUGCUCAGCAACAAUACCAUUGUGCAUUCGUACCCCUUCUGCUGGAGAAGUGACACCCCCCUGAUUUAUAGAGCCAUCCCAGCGUGGUUCAUCCGAGUGAGUAACUCCACAAACGAGUUAGUAAAGAAUAACAAUACGACGUAUUGGAUUCCUCACCAUAUUAAGGAGAAGAAAUUUCACAACUGGAUUUCAGAUGCGAAGGAUUGGUGCAUUAGUAGGAACCGGUACUGGGGUACUCCCAUCCCCAUAUGGGCAGAUGAAAAAAUGGAAACGGUCAUAUGUGUAGAAAGUAUUGCCCAUUUGGAGAAACUCUCUGGGGUGAAGAACGUAAAGGAUUUACACAGACAUUUUAUAGACCACAUCGAAAUAGAAAACCCCAAGGGGAAGGAUCAUCCCAAGUUGAAGCGAAUUCCAGAAGUGUUCGACUGCUGGUUUGAGAGUGGCUCCAUGCCCUAUGCAAAGGUGCAUUACCCAUUUAGCACCGAGAAGGAAAAUUUCCACAAAAUUUUUCCCGCAGAUUUUAUCGCUGAGGGGUUAGACCAAACGAGGGGAUGGUUCUACACGCUACUCGUCAUUAGUACCCUGCUCUUUGAUAGGGCCCCCUUUAAGAAUUUAAUUUGCAACGGGUUGGUGCUCGCCUCCGAUGGGAAGAAGAUGAGUAAGAGGUUGAAGAAUUACCCAGACCCGCUGUAUAUCCUAGACAAAUAUGGGGCGGACAGUUUGAGACUCUACCUUAUCAACUCGGUAGCCGUUCGAGCAGAAAAUUUAAAAUUCCAAGAGAAAGGAGUUAACGAAGUGGUAAAAAGUUUUAUCCUCCCCUUUUACCAUAGCUUCCGCUUCUUCUCUCAAGAGGUGACCCGGUACGAGUGCCUAAAGAAGAAGAAGUUCCUCUUCCAAGAUGAGUACAUUUAUAAAAAUGAUAAUAUCAUGGACAAGUGGAUUUUCUCUUCCGUUCAAAUGCUGACGAAGCUUGUGCACUUGGAGAUGCAGGCCUACAGACUUUAUAAUGUGCUCCCGAAACUGCUGCAGUUUAUAGAGAAUCUAACCAACUGGUACAUUCGGCUGAACCGGGACCGGAUGCGGGGCAGCCUGGGGGAGGAGGACUGCCUGCGGGCCCUCUGCACGACGUACCGGACGCUCCACCUCUUCACCGUCCUCAUGGCCCCCUUCACGCCCUUCAUCACGGAGUACAUCUACCAGCAGCUGCGCAGGGUUGUGAGCGGCGGUACGGCGGUUAGCGGUGCGAUUAGCGGCGUGACUGACGGAGGAGCCGCUAACGGUGGAGUGUCCCACCAAAGUGUGCACUUCCGCAUGCUGCCGCAAGUAGACGAGCACUACUCCAUCGACUACGGAAUCAUCGAGCUGAUCGAAAAGAUGAAGACCGUCAUCCUGCUCGGCCGAGUGCUGCGCGAGAGGAGGAAGGUCGCCAGCAAGAAGCCCCUAAAGAGAAUCACCAUCCUGCACCCCUCAAAGGAGUACUUCCAAAAUUUCGAGCAAAUUGUGCUCUACAUAAAGGAAGAGCUGAACGUGCUCCACGUGGACUGCUCAGACGACACCAGCUGCGUGGACUUCUCCGCUGUGCCGAAUUACAAAACGUUGGGAGUUAAAUUGGGGGCCGACUUGAAGAAGGUGCAAAAUAAAAUCAAAAGUUUGGACUCCCACUCGGUUAGGAAGUACCAGGCGGAGGGGAAAAUCACUUUGGAGGGAGUCACCCUCGAGGGAGAUGACAUCAUCGUGCAGAUGAAGCCAACCUUCCAAAAUGAAAACACAGACAUUAUAAGCAACGACUCCGUGACCCUCCUCAUGGACUUCACCACAGAUCAGCAACUGGAAAAUAUGGCAAACGCAAGAGAGCUGUGCAACCACAUACAGAAGAUGAGGAAGAACCUCUCCCUCACGCAGAACUCGCCGGUUAAAAUGCUCGUCUACAUCGCGGACGACGCGCUGCGUACCAACAUGGUGAGCGAGAUGGCCUACAUUAGGAAGUGCCUCCGCCGCGAACUGCACGUGCUGCCCUCCCAGGAGGACUACAAUGCCCUCGCGGACAAGAUGCACGACGAGGAGAUCCUGCUGGCCGGCUGCCCCGUCCGCCUCGUCUUCGCCCCGGCGUAG